CAGGGCCUCACAGAAAUCAAGAAAAAUGAGAAUCAAAGGCUAUGUGUUUACUUUGUUCUUCGUUUUGGGGGUCAUUCAAGAUUCGGUUGAUGGACGCCCUCUAUUACUGUCCUUAUCCAGACCCCACCCUGAUAGUGCUGCCGACUUCGCUCGAUGGUUGGUCUCUCAGAAUUCCUGGGGCGUCCUCAAUACCAUUGCAAGUGAUUUGGGAGGAGCACCUUUUGGAAAUGUGGUUUCAUAUAGUGAUGGGCUACCCAACAAAGGCAGUGGCAUCCCAUAUUUUUAUUUAACUACCCUUGAUCCAACUGCAAGUAAUGCAUUGAAAGACCAGAGAUCAUCCUUCACGAUCAGUGAGUACCCUAUUGGAACUUGUGGCAAGACGGACCCCGAGAACCCCACUUGUGCAAAAAUUACACUCACGGGAAAGUUGAAGUUACUUGAUGGAAACUCUGAUGAAGUUGAGUAUGCACGAACCGCUUUGUUCUCAAAGCAUCCUGAGAUGAAAGACUGGCCUAAGGGUCACAAUUUCCAGAUCUUCAAGUUGGAAAUCGAGGAUAUUUUUAUGAUUAAUUGGUUUGGUGGUCCUAAACCGCUUACUGUGAAAGAGUACCUACAUAUUGAAAUGAACAAAGUUGCAUUUGUUGUUUGAAUCCUAUUCUGAUCUGCAUUCCUCUCAGGUGUUUUCGUGCUGGACAUGAAGGAGCUUAGGUGAAUUAAUGAACCUUUUAAAAUAACAUGUUACAUUUGUGUAUGUCAAAGGCAGUAUGGCUCAGCUUAUUGUUUUGUACAAAAAUGCCAAGGCAAUUAAAUUGUAAAUUGGUGCUUGUGUUGACAAUGCUUCACUUCAAUUCAUGAAUGUAUAUGUACAAACAUACUAAGAUCUGUUCUUUUAAUAUUUCCAGCAAAACAUAGUCUUCUUUUACGAGGAAUGGUUCUAUGGGCUCAAUGCUAGGAUUAUUCCUCAGACAUGCACCACCUUACUAGAACUCCAUUAAAGCCUUGUUUGGGUUGAUCUUUGCCAGACUGCCUAACACUAGCCAAACCACAUUAACAUGUGGCAUGUGCAGUACAUUUGUGUUUUUUUUUUCCG